UUCUUUGUAGGGAAAUGGUUUGUAGGCAGCCUAGGAAGCGGGAGAUGGAAGUGGAGCGGGGCACAGCCAUGGCUGUGAGGGGGAAAAGCAAGUAAGGGAGGGGGCAACGUUAACAUGCCCUGGCUGUUUCCAAAAUGCGGGUUUAGGCCUUAAAUGUGGCCGGUUUCUAUGGCAACCAUAGAGUCUUCAUAAACAAGAGCAGUGUAACCUGAGGGGAGACAGCUAGGAAAUAGCUUCAGUAGAUAACGGGGCGAGGCGUCAUUAAAUUAUGUUUCCACAGGAUGUGCUGCUGAUUUGCGGCCGGGGCAUCAAUCACCAUGCAGUAGCUAAAGAGAGAGUAUUGGAGGAGAAGCCCCGUUUGGUGGUCGUCUGUGGUACUGUAAACUUUUCUUUACUGCCAUGCAAGAUUUCUGUGUUGUGUUGUGUAGUAACCUGCCCAAAAGGGCUGUCAUGUGUGGCCAGAUGUUUAAUGAAAUACAUCAAAAGCGAAUUGCACACUUGCACCUACUUAUCUAAGACCCCUUCCACACAGCUGAAUGAAAUCCCACAUUAUCUACUUUGAACUGGGAUAUAUGGCAGUGUGGACUCAGGUAACCCAGUUCAGAGCAGAUAUUGUGGGAUUUUCUGCCUUGAUAUUCUGGGUUAUAUGGCUGUGUGGAAGGGCCCUGAGCAGAUGGAGACAUUGUGUAAGAAGGAAAUACUGACAUAGUAAUGCAAACAGUGAGAGGAGUAUUUGUAUAAUAACAGUGAUGUUGACGAUGCUAAUCUGGAGCUCUUUCAGAUACAAUGGGCCCUCCGUAAUUGCUGAGGAUUGGUUCCUGGUUUUCUGACACCAAAAUAUGUGGAUGUUCAAGUCCCAUUAUAUACAGUGCUCUAAGCUAAAGAUUUGGGAAUGUUGACAGAAUGCCACUGUGUCAUUGUGCAGUACAACAUAGUGAAUCAGACAUGGAGGGAUGCCGUUUUUCACUUGCUGGAGGGCUGAGGGUGUAUCUCCACUGGAAGGGUGAGGAGGAAGAACCCUAUCAGACUUAUAUGCAAGGGACUCUUUGUGCUGAAGAAAUCUGCAUUGAUAUUGCACAGAAGAUUGGUAUCACACCAAUCUGCUACAGCUUGUUUGCCCUCUGUGAUCCCCAAGCCAAAAUAUGGUUUCCUCCCAAUCAUGUGUUUGAAGUUGACAGUGGCAUCAAGUUGCUCCUGCAUUUUCGAAUGAGGUAUUAUUUCCGAAACUGGCAUGGAACAAAUGACAAGGAGCCAGCUGUAUAUCGCAACGCUCCUCGAUCAAAUGACUCAGAGGAUAAGUCUCAAAGGGGUGAACAAGGCAGUGCCAUACUGGAUAAAUCAUCAUUUGAGUAUCUCUUUGAGCAAGGGAAAUAUGACUUCAUUAAUGAUGUUGCCUCCCUAAAAGAUCUUCGGACAGAGCAGGAGAUUCACCAAUUUAAAAAUGAGAGCCUUGGGAUGGCUGUCCUCCACCUCUGCCACAUUGCCCUCAAGAGUGGCCUCUCCCUUGAAGAAGUGGCUCAGAGAACAAGCUUCAAGGAGUGCAUCCCACGUUCCUUUUGUCGUCAGAUUCAGCAGAACAACUAUCUGACAAAGUUCCGCAUAAGGAAUGUUUUCAGGAGGUUCUUGCAGCGCUUCCAGCGACACACAAUGAGCACCGGCAAGCUGACAGAGCAGGAUAUCAUGCACAAGUACCUGGCCACUUUGGAGAACUUGGCUCCUAAUUUUGGGAGCGAGCUUUUUGCCGUCCUCUCCUUGGAGACAGUUUCAGAGGGUGAAAAGCUGCCACUUUACAUCAAUGGUGGCCAUACGCACCUGGAGAACUCUCACACCUCAUCUCCCAGUGACAAGCCUGCCACCCAUGAGGUCCUGGUCACAGGCACAGAUGGCAUUCAGUGGAGACCCAUUUCUCCUGAGAGAUUGCAAAGCUAUCAUCACAGAGGUUAUUUGAGCAGGAAGGUAAAGAUAAAAGACUAUAAAUCCAAGGGUCCCAACCAAUCAGCGGAGCACCAUGAUCCCAAAUGGGUGCACUUUUGUGACUUCCAGGAGAUCACACACAUUGUUGUGAAAGACUGCAAAGUCAGCAUUCACCGUCAAGACAAUAAGUGCCUGGAGCUGGCUCUUUUUUCCCAUGAUGUUGCCCUCUCCUUAGUUUCCCUUGUAGAUGGUUAUUUUAGAUUGACAGCGGACUCUAGCCACUAUCUGUGUCAUGAAGUAGCCCCACCACGGCUGGUAAUGAGCAUACAGAAUGGUAUCCAUGGACCCAUGCAUGAGGAAUUUAUUUUGACUAAACUAAAACGGGAGAAGCAGGAAGAUGGUCUGUACAUUCUACGUUGGAGUGUCCUUGAUUAUAGUAGAUUGAUAUUGUCGGUUAUGAGGAGAGACCAGAGUUCCCAGACUCAUGAUGCCACAAGUUACAGACAGUUCCGUAUCCAGAAGAAAGAAAAUUCCUAUGUACUUGAAGGCUGGGAGCAGGAAUUCUCUAGUGUCCAAGAACUGAUAAAUGCUCUGAAAGGCUGUACUCUAAGAUCUGGAAACGAGAUCUUUACUAUGCGGAGGUGCUGUGUCCCAAAGCCAGGAGAGAUCUCUGACUUGCUGAUCACACGAAAAAUAAAGGACAGCACCCGACAGAUUUUGAAUUUGACCCAGCUGAGUUUCCAUCAAAUCCGGAAAAAUGAGAUCACCCAGAGAGCACACUUGGGACAAGGGACACUUACGAACAUUUAUGAUGGUGUGUUACAUGUAUGUGGUGGAGCCAGUGGUGAUGAUGAAACAGAGUACUUCUCCACUGAACAGAACAAUAACAACCGUGAAGUGCACGUGGUGCUGAAGAUGCUGGAUCCCAGUCACAGGGACAUUGCCCUGGCAUUCUUUGAAACAGCCAGCUUGAUGAGCCAGGUCUCCCACAUCCACUUGGCCUUUGUACAUGGAGUCUGUGUAUGGGGCUCAGAGAAUAUAAUGGUGGAGGAGUACGUCGAGCAUGGCCCCCUGGACGUCUUCCUAAGGAAAAACAAAGGGCGGAUAAUGGUGGGCUGGAAAUUCACAGUCGCUGCACAGUUAGCCAGUGCCUUGAGUUACUUGGAAGGCAAAAAUCUGGUACAUGGCAGUGUAUGUGCCAAAAACAUCUUGUUGGCGAGGAAAGGCUUGGAAGAUGGCAUGCUGCCCUUCAUUAAACUCAGUGACCCUGGGGUCAGCUUCACUGUGCUCUCCCGGGAAGAGCGAGUGGAUCGGAUCCCCUGGAUUGCUCCAGAGUGUGUCAGAGAUGUAAGCAACCUUAGUACAGCAGCUGACAAGUGGAGCUUUGGUACCACAUUGCUAGAAAUAUGCUUUGAUGCCGAUGUGCCACUAAAAGAACGCACUCCUUCUGAGAAAGAGCGCUUCUAUGAGAAAAAACAUCGCCUUCCAGAACCAUCCUUUAAAGAACUAGCUACCUUAAUCAGCCAGUGCCUGAACUAUGCCCCCGCGGAGCGUCCUUCUUUCCGGACCAUCCUGAGAGAUCUUACCCAACUGCAACCACAUAACCCUCUAGACAUCAGCUCUGUGAACCCUGAAUUUCCUGAAUCUGACCCAACUGUCUUCCAGAAGCGCUACCUGAAGAAGAUCAGAGAUCUGGGUGAGGGUCACUUUGGCAAAGUGAGCCUGUACUGCUAUGAUCCCACCAACGAUGGCACGGGUGAGAUGGUGGCAGUGAAGUCAUUGAAAUCAGGCUGCAGCCAACAGCUGCUGACUAGUUGGAAAAAGGAAAUUGAGAUCCUAAAAACCCUCUACCAUGAAAACAUUGUCAAGUACAAGGGCUGCUGUAGUGAACAAGGGGAAAAGGUUGUGCAACUUAUCAUGGAAUAUGUGCCUUUGGGGAGCCUGAGGGACUACCUACCCAAGCACAAUGUCAGCCUGGCCCACAUUCUUCUCUUUGCCCAGCAGAUUUGUGAGGGAAUGGCUUACCUCCACUCCUCACGCUAUAUCCAUAGGGAUCUUGCAGCCAGGAAUGUCCUUUUGGAGAAUGAGAAUGUGGUGAAGAUAGGAGACUUUGGACUUGCCAAAGCCAUCCCUGAAGGACAUGAAUAUUAUCGUGUCUGUGAAGAUGGUGAUAGUCCUGUCUUUUGGUAUGCUGUGGAAUGCCUGAAAGACUGUAAAUUCUACUACACCUCUGAUGUCUGGUCCUUUGGUGUAACGUUGUAUGAACUCUUGACACGCUGUGAUUCUAGUCAGAGCCCUCCCACGAAAUUCAUUGAAAUGAUUGGGGCAAUCCAUGGUCAAAUGACAGUGCUGAGGCUUAUAGAGUUGCUGGACCGAGGGAAAAGGUUGCCCAUCCCAAAAGACUGUCCUUUUGAGAUUUACCGCCUUAUGAAGAACUGUUGGGAGCUGGAGUCUUCAUUCCGCCCAUCCUUCGCAAACCUUGUACCCAUCCUGAAAGCCUUCCAUGAAAAGUACAAGGCCCAGGACCCCUCUGUUUUCAAUGUGUGUUGAGCAAGAGGAAGAGAUUCUCAGCUAAAGACCCCACUCUGAUCUGCACUCAGUGUACUUGGAAAGCCACAUUGCCACCAGGGAAGCUGCUUUUGAGUAUUGCCCUGUCUUGGAACUUUGACAUAACGUCGAUUUACUGUCCAGAGCCAGUGAAGAAUGUGCCUGCUUGAUCAGGCUUCAUCCUCUGCCCUUUCAAAUGUGAUAUGAUUCAUGGGAGGAUCCUCUCAGAUUUUCUUUUUUGAAUACAGGCAGCUUGGGCUUAUGAAGCAAUGUCUGUUAAUGUCAGCCUGCAUCUGAGUGGUCUUGAAAGCCACACAACUUUGUCUAAGUGUGUGAAGUCACAAGUGCAGGAAAGUGAAUGAGUCCUCACUGUAUUUUUCUGGUUUGGUGUAGACAAACAAUACAAUUGGAUUAAAAGGUCAAUGAGAAGAGAACAUGGAUAUUUAAGGGCAACACCCUGGCUUACUAUAAGUGUCUGUAUUGCACAGGAUAUGUAGCAUGCAGAAUAUUUAGUGCUGCAUCUGCUUAGUAAUCAUGAGACUAUUGGACCCUUUGCUUGGAACAGUUUUCCUAGAAAAAGUUCUUUUUUGAAAUUUGCCUUUAAUCCUUUUUUCAAAGGAAAUGAUUCAGACACCCAAAGACAUAUGAACUAGUUUUUGUUCUCAUGUACUCAGUUUCUGGGUAUUUUAAAGCUCUUAAAUUCUUUACAUGCCAUCACCUUCCACCCAUGGUAUAGCUACCUUUGCACUUCCUUAUUGAAGCAGAUGUUUGUCUUUCUACUAAACAUUUAUGAUGGAAUCAUCAUAUGUGCUCUCAACUGAUUGGAUACAAGAAAAGUGAACACCUUAUAACAACUUUUAAUGGCACAUAGAAGUUUUAGGUUCACGCUGAAAAGUGACUCCAUGCUGUCACCCAGUAAUAAUGAAGAAAAGAUUUUACUUUGUUCAGAAAUGCUUUUCCAAUUACGAAACUUAGAAUAAUAGAAUCAUACAGUUGGAAGAGACCUCGUGGGCCAUCCAGUCCAACCCCCUGCCACGAAGCAGGAAAAUUGCAUUCAAAGCAUCCCAGGCAUCAGCUUACUUCAUCUCUAUGAAUUUUCUCAGAACUAACUGUGUUUUUAGUGGACAUAAAUGAGCCUCUUCUUUUACUAAAAACCGUUAUUCAUCCUGUUGUUUGUUUGGAAUCAUCAACCAAUACCAAAACUCUUCAGCAACCUCUCAUUCACUGCUCUUGUAAGCCAGAAACUUUGAGGUGUGUGUCUUUUGAAUUUGAAGAGGGUGGUUGGGAAGAAGAAAGGCUGCAGGACUUAAAUCAUACUGAAACUAAAGAUAAGUAAUGAUAGUGCCUUGGGGCCACUGACUUGGUUGCUGUUGCCCAAUCACCACCUUUUCUGUUGUAAAGUGUAGUCAAGUUUUGGUUUGCCAAUAAUCCUGGUGGUGAGCUGUCACCUUGGAGGGAAAACUAGGAGCCAUAUGCAUCCACAUUGACUGUGAUAUCUUAACUGUCCUACUUUUUAAAAUGCUUUCUUGCACCCUAACUUUCAGGAGAUUUGUUUUCAUUUCAGGUACUUCAUUAUUUUUCUUUAAAAAAAAAAGAAAGAAAAAACAGACCAGCUUUGAACAUAGCCAGCUCCAUUUUCAUAGAUACAUUUCAAAUUUCAGCUAAUUGUUGAAAGUUCUAGGUUUUGUCUUUUGUUAUGUGCCCCAAAAACCAGUAUCCCACUUGCUUACAGUACUGUUUCCUGCCUUGUUGACAUGUUUUCUUUAUCACCCUUCAUCACCCUAUCUCUUCUUCAUACUCUGGAGAUUGGUUCUGACUACUUUUUGUGAACUUGAGACUGUUGGACAUUGAUGAGCCUGUCCCAGGCUGUUUCUCCUUGGAGCGGAGAUAAGUUUUGCCACACACAACUCUUCAUAUAUUAUAAAAGCAUACUGUAAGAAUUCACAGUUUCAUAAAAGUAUAUUUUUCUUUCUGUUUCUGGGAAGAUAGAUCAAAUAUAAAGGAAUGACAUAUGCAGUUGGUUAAAACUGCUCUUUCAUUAACUGUGCUGUGAAAGCCAAUUGUAUGCUUCGAUUUUCCAGAGGCUUGAUAUUCUUUCCACAAGGCCACUUGGUUGAGGCCCACUCUGUUAAAGAAAAGGAACACACGAGAAGUUGGAAGUGUUCUUGGUCUUAUUGUCCAGUUUUAUUCAAACAGUUUUAUACAUUGAACUCUUGCUUGGUGCCUAUUUUGACUCUGCAGUCUGAGUACCACAUUACAGAACUGAAUUGAGGGGAGGGUUUGUAUAUUUAUUAUCUGGGUAUGAUCAGUUAAAUGUCUACCAAAUAAAGUAAAGGUGGGAAGGGAAUAAGGCAUAUGCAUAACAUUUAACAUGGCUUGGAUUUUUCAAAGGGGCACCUGGAUCACCUACAUACAAAUUACCAGAAAGAUUUACAGGACCUGCCUCUCUUUCUCACUCAAUGUGGCCUGGCAACAUGCAGAACUGUAUGAGCAUAUCUUUGAAAAUCUUUGGCUUUGAGAUCAAGAUAUGAAUUUAGAUCAAUUCUAAUAUUGUUCAGAAAUGGCUAGUGAGGCACUCCCAUCCCACCCCCUUGAAAUCUCAGUAAAGCCAAUCAGUUGUACCUAAUAAUGGUCUCCUACAAGAAAAAUAAGAAGCAUUCCAAUUUCGGCCCCUUCUCAUUCCUGACAGACAAGGCCACAAUCUAGAGCAGGGCUUCUUAAACCUUUACACUUAGGACCCCUCUUAGCCCAAGAAAUUUUUCCAUGACCUCAGAUAUAUAGGUAUAUAAAUCAGGUAUGAAAUCAAACAUUUACUGAUAACAAGUCAGCAUCUGCAAGGCUUACAAGGCUUAUUUGCCUUUUCAAUGAAGUACAGCUGAAGUAUCUGCAGAAUCUAUUGUAAGUAUUGCAUAACUGAAUCAUGUAAAUGUCUAAAGGUUAUGCUAUUAGGUUAGGAUCAUUAAAAAAUUGGGACCCCAACAUUGAACCGAGGAGACUUCAUUUGGGUUCGGGACCCACAGAUUAAGGAGCACUGAUCUAGAGAACUGCAAAAUUAAUUUUGUUAGCCUAAGGACUCUGUGCUGCAAAUCCUGGGCUUGCUUGACUGGAAUUAAAUCCAACUCAUGUUAGAGAGCUUUCUUCAAGUAUGUGUUCAUAUAGUGGCAACCUUAAGAGUUGUUUACGUUGAACAACAAGUAGCAGUUUGCAAUGGGUUUGGUGAGGAUCAGUGUUUAAAGAAGGCAAAACUUGGUAGGGACAAACCCAACCUCUUUGCAUGUACACCUUGAGAGGGUUUUUUCUUUUGGUACUGCAGCAUAAAACAGUAGAUAUCACAUAGACUAAUUCUAGGAAGACUUGCUUUUUUAGUUUUGCAAUUCUGUUAGACAACUGGGUAUAAAAGAUGAACAGAUGACAAAUUUAAAGGUGUUAAUCAUGUUUAUUAUUUUGGAGGACUACAUGAGCACUCAUUGGUAUAUUUGUGUAAUUGGCUUUAAAACUAGUCUUCUCUCCCCCCCCCCCCCCCCCCCCCGCCCCUGUACAUUUUAUUUUUGGGUACAGAAUUGCAUCCCAAGCCUGCACUACCAGCCCUGUCUCUGGAGUGUGGAGCAGUGCCACCUGUCUUAGCUGGCAAGCUACUUCUGGCCUACAGAGCUAAGCUGAAGAACUUCACAGCACUGUGCCUUUUUGUAUCUGGAACUGCACUGAAGAUUUGAGGCAAGGAAUCCUCCCUCCACAGAAGCAUGGGCAAGCUUCAGCUCAGCCUCUCUUGCUUUAUCUGUGCCCAAAGCUGCUGUCUGUCUGUGAGAUAGAGUUUGUGAGUGAGAAUGAGUGUAUUUGAGAGACUGAGAGACAGAGUGUCUCUGUGUGUAUCCAUGUGCAAGAAUGCGUUUGAUAAAAUUCAUUCUUGCAAAUCUUACUGUAAUGUGAAUGUAUCCUUCUAUUCUAAUAGGAGCUAGAAUAAACUAUGUGUAAUAUCGCCAUAAUCUGUACAUUUUUCUUCAAAUAAAGGUAAUGUAACUUUUAA